AUGUUCAUGACAAGGAUAACCCACAUCGUAAUGUUCUUCCUGCUGUCCCUCUGCGCACUCGUCUACGCUCUGCCCAUCCGCAUCCGGGAUGUCUUCGUGCCACCCAUCAUCACUCCCAAUGCUUCCACCGUUUGGGAGAUCGGUCAGCAAUACAAUGUGACAUGGAACACCACCGAUGCGCCAGUCAACAUCACGAACAAGUACGGGAUGGUUGUCUUGGUAGAGAAUGGGCUGUUGGACCUUGAAAACCCAUUGGCCAACAACUUCUCUAUCCUCGAUGGCUGGGUCACCGUCACCGCACCCGACGUCACCCCGGCCACUGACUACUCCAUCGUCUUGUUCGGUGACUCUGGCAACAACAGUCCAAACUUCACGAUCACAGACUAA